UUACAGACCUGCCACCGGUGGCCGCAAAACAAAAACCUGCCCAAUGCUGCUCAAGCUUCCUAGCCGUGAUAGAUGCGCAAAGCGCAAUUUCGCCUAGAGAUGCACAUGCGUACCGUGCCUGGAAGGAGGGGCCAGCCGAGGGUUGAAACACAAGAACACAAAGACAAUCGGUUCGUUUGUGGGCAGAAAGGACUCAAAUAGAGAUCCCGGUCAGAGAUUCACAUCUUGACCCAGCAAAAACUUCAUUUGUCUUUCACUCUCUCAUCUCAUUCCACUUCCCACUUUCGUGUGUACUUUUUAACUUGACCACUUGUCCUGACUUCUUAUCAUUGGAGCAUGACUGAGGAUUCGCAAAACAAGAAGGACCUGGCCCAUGCUAGGACAAAGACCAGCUUCGAUGUCAAUGACAUGACCGAUUAUCUCUACGGCGGCCGCGCCAAUGUGGAGCACCGUCGAUACAUUGUCGGCCUACUGGCCAAGGAGCCGGUCUUUAACAAGGACGACUGGGGCUGGCUGAACCACACAGACGCAGUCAAGCGCGGUAUUGCCAUGUCUGCCCGACUGGCGGAGAUCAAGAUGGAGUACGAACUGAACGACUUGGACUUUGCCACCAUGAUCGAGGCUGUCGAUGAUCCUAUUCCUCUCUUGCUACACAACGGAGCAUUCAUCCCGGUGAUCAAUUCUCAAGGAACUGACGAACAGAUCGAGAAAUGGAUUCCUCCCGCCGAACAAUACCAGAUCAUCGGCUGCUAUGCCCAAACAGAGCUCGGUCACGGUUCAAACCUCUCUGGGCUCGAAACCACUGCGACCUUCGUCAGAGAGACGGACGAGUGGGAGAUCGACAGCACAACCUUUACGGCUGCCAAGUGGUGGAUUGGAGGACUGGGCGCCAUUUGUACCCAUGCGGUCGUUCAGGCCAAGCUGAUUAUUGAUGGCAAAGACUACGGCGCUCAUGUCUUUGUGGUCCCUAUUCGAUCACUGGAGGACCACAAGCCCUUUCCUGGUAUCGAAGUCGGAGACAUUGGACCCAAGGCAUACGGAGGGUUCAACAAAAUGGAGAACGGCUUUGCCCGGUUCAAAAAGUACCGUAUCCCUCGCGAGAACAUGCUGAUGCGAUUCUCAAAGGUCUCGAGAGAUGGUGUCUACACGAAACCACCCCAUGCCAAGCUAUCUUAUGGAUCAAUGGUCCUGCUGAGAUCGGUCCUAAUCCGACAAAUGGGCCAAUACCUCUCGCGUGCCACGACCGUCGCUACACGCUAUCUGACUAUUCGUCGCCAGUUCAACAACCCGACCCAGCGCAAUGAUGCCGAUCUGAACCCAGGGCUGGAGACCCAGGUGAUCAACUACCCCAUGGUCCAGAACCGUCUCUUCCCCAUGAUUGCCCAGGCCUAUGCGCUCUUUGCCGCCGGUACGGUCAUGAUGAACAUGUAUAUCAACCUGAUGACAGGACUCACCAAGGGCAACAUUGACGCCCUGGCUGAGGUCCACGCCAUGUCCUCGGCACUCAAGUCCUACUGCACCACGAUCGGCGCUGGAGGGACGGAAGAGUGCCGUAAACUGAUGGGUGGGCACGGCUACUCGUAUUUCUCGGGGCUGGCACACCUUUUCGCGGCGAUCGUGCCGUCGAACACGUAUGAGGGCGAUAACUAUGUGCUCACGCAGCAGAUGGCGAGAUAUCUGCUCAAGGAAAUCAAGAUCGCACGGGCGGAUCCUGAGAAGGUUACACCAUAUUCCAAGUACCUGCUUCCGGCUCUCAAUCGAGACCAUUUUGCAAGAUCGACCUGCUCGGUGACCAAAUUGGAGGACUGGUUGCGCCCCGAGAUCCAGCUUGCGGCGUUUGAGCACCGCUGUGCGCGUCUUGCCAUGGAGUUGAGUGACGCUGUAGAGGCGGGCGGUGGAUUAGAUUCAUCGAUCGGCAAGGCCUGGUCUGAUCACAAUAUUGAGUGCUACAGGAUCUCGCAUGCGCACGCGCAGUAUGUAAUGGCCCUUUGGUUCAUGCAGUCGAUCCAAGAGGCCGAGCAUCCGACCGAGGACGAGGACCGAGGUGCGAAGCCAGAGUCGGUCGCGGUUUUGAAGACGCUCUCGAAUUUACAUGCACUGCAUACGAUCCAGACGAACUUGGCGGAUUUCGCCGAGGACGCGUAUCUGUCACCGGUGCAGUGUCAGUUACUGAGGGCCCAGGUGAAGAUCUUGGUGGCGAGCCUGGCGGAUGAUGCAGUGGGACUUGUGGAUGCGUUUGAUCAUCCGGAUUUCUUGUUGAAUUCUGCCUUGGGUGCCAAUGACGGAGACGCGUACAGGAGAUUGUGGGAUAAGGCGCAGACGGAGCCGUUGAAUAGGCAGGAGGUAUGCGAGGGGUAUGAGGAGUAUAUCCGCCCGCUGCUCAAGAAACAUGGCGAGCUCAAGCUGUAGAUCGGCGGCAUAGAUUGUGUCGUGUCGUGUCGUGUCGUGUUGUCGUGUAUGUAGAAUGUAUUGUUGUAUAAAUGCGUUUUAGUCUGGAAAUAAUGAAGGGC